AUGGCGCACCACCUGGGCCGCCUCCUCGUGGCGCUCCUCUACGUCUGCGCCUUCUCCGGCGGGCUCCUCGUCGCCGCCUCCCUGGCGCUGCUGGCCUCCCUUGCGGGCGCGCUGCUCGCAACGCUCGCCGCGUCCGACGCGCGCAGGCUCGCGGGCCUGGCCGCGCGCGUCGCCGACUCGGCCGCGGCCGACCUGAGGCUGGCGCGCGCGGUCGCCGCGUACGCCGUGGUCAAGGCCGCGGUGCGCGUGGCGCUCGUGGUCGGGCCCAAGAUUGGCGCGCUCGCGUCGCGCGUCAGGAGCCUCGGCGCGGACGGCCGGCAGCACUACUACAGAGUGGCUCAGGCUUCGUUCUUCUGCAGAGCUGCGAACUUGACUGCUGUAGCAUUAGUGCAUAACAAAUCUUUCAUACUAAUUUCAAACAAAAUUCCUGUAGUUUCUUUAAUUCUUUGGUUACAAACUUACAAUAGGAAAGGAAUUAAUGAAAAGGACAGAAACUCGAAAGGCCUGAACAGAAACCAGCGAUAA